AUGUUCACUGUCAAGGCAACAUACAGAAGCGAAACCCGCAAGUUUUCUUUUGCUGACCCCGCUGUAUUUCCCUCUUUCGAACAGCUGUUUCAUCAGCUUUACAGGGUCUUCCCUAUCUCGCAUUCUUACUAUUUAUCUAAACUUCUCUUCUCACCUAAUUCCAAUAACCAACGCAUUCUCAUUGGGAUGGAGGCCCAUUCGGCCGACGAGUACAAUGCCCACAUUGCUCCUUAUCAGGGGCGUGAAUGGCCAGGAGCUUUACUGAGGUUCUCCGUGUACGACGAGACCCCGCACAAGUCUCCCAGCGCCAGCAAUAGCAGUCUCCUUGUACCGAGUGUCACCAGCGAUGUCGGUGCAAGUCCUUCUGGGAGCGCCCAGAGCUCUACUACAUUCGUGGAGACCAUGGAUAGGCUUAUUAACACCCGGAAGGAGCGAGAUGAUCGCAAGUUUCUCCUCGAUAGAAUCCGCGAGCGUACGACGAGUCGCAACGGUGUCACCUUCUCAUCGUCCCCGUCGACUUCGUCGGCAAUUCCCAGACAGCCAGAGUCGUCCUCGAGGCCUUUGCCGCAAAGGCCCUUGUCUCGAUGUAGUUCUGCAUCCACACCACACGCCCCUCUCAGACCGUCUCUCUUUGACCUACUCUCUAACGAUGACGUUCCCAAGGUCACGUCGCUGCCUACAGGCGCUAAUGCGGGUCAUGACGGCUCUGAAAGAUGCGAGUCGAGCUAUCCUCGAUUGGUGGACAAGAUGAGUGCCCCCUCUCAGCCAGCUUAUUGGGUGUACCAAGAUCCCCCACUUGCACCAUGGCCACGGCCCUCUCCACCACCUCCCGUUCUUUACCCCUCGGUAGGUGUCUUACAACUGCAGGAAGGAUCGAAAGGCCAUCGCGUUGACACGGAUGUGAUAAUGUCGUCCCCCGCUGUCCGUUCCGCCAACCUCACGCCGCAGACGGAGUGUGCGCAGCCCGCAGUGGCGCAUCAGCAAUCGAUGGAGCAGCCCGAAGCGCCUCCGCAGUAUAUUUCACAGACACAUUCUAUCCCUGCCACGUCAUCUCGCUCUGCGGUGAACUAUUGCUGCUCUGUCACUCAGGGGAAGACGGAAGUCAAGGACUUAAUGGCUACUUUCAUCAGCGACCUCGACCGCACAAUGAAAACGGCGUUCGGAGACGAUUGGGCAUCGGGCGCUCCCUCGCGGAGCUCCGUGCGCUCUGUCCCGAUGGAUACCGGGAAUGAAGAGGAAAGGCUGAAAACGAGACGCCAGUAUCGCUCUCUGUUGAAUGGGUCUUGCGGUUUGUCGUCUGGUAUGCCGAGUGAAGACGAGAGAGUGAGGAGACACGUCUAUCGUAAUGUUCUCGCGCCUGUGCUAUCAGAACCCAUCUGGAACGGCUUGAGCGACGAGGAAAGGAUGAAGAGAAGGCGUGAGUAUCGUUCUGUCCUCGGCUCUGAUCCCGCGACGCCGAUGGCGCAGGAUGCGGAUGAGAGACUGGAGAGGCGUCGCCAGUUCCGCACGCUCUUCCCACACUCACCUAUCUCCGUCCGUGAAGCGUCCGAUUUGCAGAACGAAGACGAAAGGUUGCGGAUGAGAGGCAAAUACCCAGAUAUCGUAGGUGGCUAUUACCCUCAUGCAUCAACGCCAUCCCCUGGGACGACGUCUAAUCUUCCUCGGAUGUUCUCACCUGCUGAACCUACCACAACCGCUACAUCUCGUGAGUGUAAUGUGGAUGAAGUGCCAAUGCCAGGAUCGUUCGUUGCGCAUCCCUCACGCUUUGGUCCUCCUGGACGUAGGGUAUUCUCACCUGCACUACCUCCCAUUAAUCCACAGGAGACUACGGGCCAGGAAAUGAGGCAUGUGGGCAUUACAUGCGAUGCAUGCCAUAAGUCCGCGUUCCUUGGUGUUAGGUUUAAGUGUCUCGAUUGUAAAGAUUAUGAUCUCUGCAGUGCUUGCAUGUCUUCUCCGGAUGCAAGAGGGCGUCAUUCCGUUCAGCAUGCAUUCUUCCCAAUCGAUACACCGUGCAACUUUGGUCCAUAUGCGCGUGCUCGGGCUGAGCGCCAUCCCAUUCAUCCUGGUAUGGUGUGUGAUGCUUGUGAUGAAGAUAUAUCUGGUGUCAGAUUCAAGUGCUUGGACUGUGCUGACUACGACUUGUGCUCCUCAUGCUUCUCUGCCCCUAGUCAACGCGAGAAGCAUUCUCUCUCGCACGCCUUCUUCCCCAUCGAGGUUCCCUGGAACAAAGACGACUACAACCGUGCGCGCGAGCAACGUCGCGCUGAGGUUGCUCCUGUUGCCGCUUCGCCCGCUUCCACCACAGCGCCCUUGGUACACAAAAACGUUAUCUGUGACAUGUGCGCACGGGAGGUUGUGGGAGUGCGGCACAAGUGCUUGGACUGUCCUGACUUCGACUUGUGCAGUGAAUGCUACAACAUAGCAGAGACCCGCGCUCAGCACUCAUUGCAGCAUGAAUUCUUCGCGAUUGAUCGCCCAGGUGAAGUCAUUGUGCAUACCGUGUUCAGCGGGCAUGGCGAGCGCACACCGUCGUCGUGGACUCCACCGCGACCUCAAAGAUCUCCUUCCAGGAGAGGCUCAACUACGCCUGUGGAGCCGGUUGUCCAUAAUGCCGUUUGCAAUCUGUGCGACUCGCGCAUUCGCGGCGACCGCUACAAAUGCCUAACUUGCCCGGACUUUGACACGUGCUCAAUGUGCUUUCAGAUUACUGAGGAGCAGCAUCCUGGUCACGGUUUCGUCAAGAUAAGCAAGCCGGAUUGUCUCAUGGUCCGCGACGUCGGCGGAGCUCUUCAUUCUGCUACGUGCAAUGUCUGCAAAUCUCGCAUCGUCGGUGUCAGAUACAAGUGCAUGCAUGACUCUUGCGUAGACUUUGACCUUUGCCAGGCUUGUGAGGCCCUCCCCAUUCCAGUCCAUCCCUUCACGCAUCCCCUCCUCAAGAUGAAGGACCCUCACACCUCCGUGCCCACCGUCCGCAGACUUCUCGCUGAAGGGGCCUUUCGCACAGAACCCGAGGUUACUACGUGUCGAGAGAAGUACCGGGAGCCUAUCGUCGCCAAAGUUGAUAGUAACAGCACUCAGUCAACGUCGGAACGCCACUUUGGCUCAGUCUUUCUGUCCGACGCUCAGCAACGUCGUGACACCAAGGAGGCGCUCACAAAGGUCGCUGCCGACUCGACGUCAUUGAGCGUUGAGCAACGGUUGGAUACUCAAUUCCUCUCGUUGGCCGAGAAGAUGCGUGGCAAGCAGGGCUGGCAACCGCACAUAAUCGAUCUCACUGCAACGGAACCAUCGAGCGCAGAGCGGCGGCUGGAUGCGCAGUUCAUUUCAUCUGCUGAAGAGAUGCGCGGCAUCCAACACGAGGCGCCUAUAAUCGAUGCUGCUGAAGCGGAGCCAUCGAGCGCAGAACAGCGGUUGAAUAUGCACUUUACCUCUCUCGCUCAGGACAUGCAUAAACACCGCGAGCAGGGGACUGCAAAGGAACAUGUAGCCCAGGUUCCAACGGCUGCCGAGCAUGCAUUGGACUCGCACUUUCUCUCGACUGUCCAGGCGAUGAAUGGUAAUAAACGUGGAAGCGAUGAUUCGCUUGGGCUUUUAGACAAACCUGAUUCGAUUCUCGUGGAUACAGACAUACCGCCCUUGAUUCCACUAUCUCCUGUAACAUUUGUCCCCUACGAGCCUGAGGCGUCUUCAGCAAGUGUCCCCUAUGUGGCGCUAGUCGACUACUCUGUUCCUCUUGAUGUGCCACCUUUGGAGAAUGUCGCUGCGCAAGUGGCGACGAACCGUGACGUGCACGCCGCCGUGGAACAUCCCGUUUCUUCUUUGGUGGAUCGCUUGAUUGACGUCGAUGACUCAAAUGAUAAGGGAUCGCAGAUCGGCACUGAGACGUCGUUGGGCGGGCUCACUACACCGUCAGAUGGCCCCGCAUCUAACACUUCGACCAAUUCUGUUCCUCGCCUAGGGCCCGUGGACAACAAUGAGUGGCGAGAUUUGUGGCCCGAGCUGACGUCGAUGUUGAAGCACCUCCUCCAGCCACCGACUCCUACCGGGACAGUAGAGCAUUCUGUUGCUUCUGAAGUGGCUAUGCCUGGCGCGAUGCACGUCGAAGAACCCAAGGAUAGUGCCAAGACGGGCCCGACGGAUGAUGCGGACGUGCAUGCAGCAGUUGAAGAAUCGCCGGACCGUCUGAGCGACUAUCUCGGAAUGCCGCGGCCCUCGAAUGAGGUGACUGGGUUUACUUACGCGGUCCCGGCUGAAAUCCAAGCACCGUUGUUCGCCAGUUUCAUUUCGGACAACAAUAUCCCUGACGGGCAGGUGUUUCCUCCUGGUGCGGAGUUCGUCAAGUCGUGGCGGAUGAUCAAUCCAGGCAUGAGUGAUUGGCCUGAGACGACGGAGUUGGUGUUCGUCGCUGGCGAUCGUUUGGGCUCUCAUGGAGAUGCUCCUCGAAAGGUGAAAGUUGGCACUGUCAAAUCGAGUGCAGAGGUAGAAGUUGUAGCGGGCGAAAUGAAGGCUCCCGAGAUCCCUGGCAAGUACGUGAGUUAUUGGCGACUCGACGAUGGGAAGGGCAACCUGUUCGGCCACAGUGUUUGGGUCGACAUCACCGUAGCUGAAGUGAAUCGUGCGACUUCGGAGCUUUCGUCUGCGGAGGAGUCCCUAGCGGCUUCGUCUGUCAUUAUGCCACAUUCUACUUCGGAGCCCGCUGUGGAGCAACGUUCAACGACUGCUCGCAGCCUCUCGGUGACGAUUCCAUCUGGUCCGACUUCUGACAGCGGUUCCUUCGACUCGUCAGCUUCACUCAUCGACGCUCCGUCGUCACCAUUCUCUGACGACGACGACGACGCCGUCUACGAGGACAGCAGGUCUCAUGACAUCGUUUCGCCUGCGCAGCCUCGCCAGGAGACUGAAUACGUGAUGUUGUAUGAGAGCUCAUCGUCCGAGGAGGAUUAG